AUGUUACAAGAAAAAGAUACGCCACCUGAAUCAGAUUCUGAAGAUUUCCUGGAACGAAAUUUUGAAUUACAACAAGAACAUCAAGAUGCAAUAAAAAAAGCUUCUACUUUUGCAAGAUUAGUCACCGAGAAUUAUGCGUCACAUGAUCCAUGGAUUAAUCCCAGACCUGGACCGUCUGAUCAAUCUGAGUUAAUCAUAGGCAAUAAAACACCAGACAAUCGGAGACCAGUUACAAAAAAUUGCACAUCAAAUUCUGCUCAACCUAUUUGUCACACUCCUAAGGAUAGUCCCUCUUCAGCUACGCGUAGAGUUCGCUAUAGAAUGCUCAAAAAAUGCAAAUACUAUCAAAAACGUUUGUCGGAGCUAGAAAAGCAAAAUGCAGCGUUUCGCAAACGCGUUUUUCGCAUGAGACAAACUAUUACUAAGCUAAAGUCUUGUAACAGCCCAGGAACAAAAGCCGGAAUGAUAAUGGCCGACCCUACCAAAAAAGAAGAUGUUAAAAAAGCCAUAAUAUUUGGCGAUAUUUUAAAAAGUAACAUCAAUCUAGAUUACGAGAACCAGAAAAAGGCUGAAAAACAAAAGCUCAAAGAGAAUAUAGAACCAGUACGUGAGAAACUGAAAAAUUAUAAUUUACUUAAGGAGUUGCCUAAAAUAACAAGGAAAUCUAAUAGAAAAGAAAAAGAAAGCACGAAAAAAGAGCAAAUUGAUAGUGACAUUUGA